UGGCGCUUUUAUUUUGAAAGGGUUUGGACAGGAAGUGCAACUGUCCCAGCGGUGAACAGAAGCCGAGUGAACCGCAGCAUAACGUUUCCUGAACGAGAGGUAUUUUACAUCAGCUGGUAAGACAUAAAUUGCUCUUAAUUAUUACAAAUAUAAGAGUCUGUAGCGGUUUUAUAGAAAUAACCCUCUCCAGCUUGUUUUUAGAGCGUAAAAACUUAUCAGUAACGGUGACAUCUACCUGCGCAGCUAGCGUUAUCUGAUUCAUGCCGUUAGCUGGUGUCGGAGGCUGAGGUUGUUUUACUCUUUAGUAUCAUAUAAGGCCUUUUAAUAUUUAAUGUGUGUAGUAGCAGUAGUUAUAUUGCAGUUUAAGGCAAUAUUAACGAUCUAAUGUGGCCACGCGAGCAGCGAAUACCUGCAAAGCAAAUAUGACUAAAGCAUUACUACAUUUGCAUCGUGUCGCUCGUUUGACAUAAGAGUUUAUUUCUUCCCAUUUUCUUGCCUGAUCCUACAGUUUCCUUGGAUAAAUCUGAGCGCAAACCCUGUGUCCCGUGUUCCCUCAGACUUCUCGCUGAUUAAGGGAGGGCGGUGAUACCAUGUGGUAGUCACAUGAACGUCAAGGAUGAGGCAUAAACAACAAGGGGGAGCCGCUGCACACUGUCUGCUAUAGGAAGGGGGGGUCCUGCUGCUUGUAUAGGCCCCUGCACAUGCAGCCCCCUGUGUGCCCCCUCUACUGAAUAUAUGCAAUGAGCAACAGCACCACUCAGCCCCCUGUCAUUUUCAAUGGGGAUGUGGCAGUCGGCUAUGUGUUGGUGCCAUUUUUCCUCAUCACCAUCAUUGGGAUAGCUGCAGCUGUGGUGAGUUUUCUGUAAAAACCAAAGUGAUAGAAAUAACAGAACAGAAACUCCUACUUACACACUAAUGAUACUCUUUAUUUUCUCUGUUUCAGGUCAUGUACAUCCGGAAGAAGAGAAGGUGAGAGUUUCGCUUCGUGUCACAAUGCUUUUGCAACAAACUUUACAUUUCCUCCUAUGUGUUUUAUUGUGAAUCAUUAAAGGGAUAUUCCGGCGUAAAAUUAGUUUAGGGUUAAACACACCGUAACACCGAGUUAGACACCCCUCGAGAGAUGAAUGUUGGAGACCGCUUGCUUCUCUAGUUAUACCAACUUUAGUAACAACCGCAGGAUAGCAAUACAGAGAGCCACACGCUCAACCAAAACGCCACUCUAUAACCACAAAUAAUGCUCAGAAAAGCACCUAACUUCAUCAACAGUACAUAUAGGGUCCCAGCCACAGCACUAGCCACCAAACAUCUUUUUGACUUUGUCUGAUUUCUUUAGCAAAGAGACUAAACACAACUCACCUACUCUCUUCCAGCGGGUGCUUGUUUGUAGCGAGACCUAGGGUCUGUCCAUUACGGACUGCUGCGGGGUGACGCAGCUCAAGGAAGAACAUUUUUAUCAUUUCCUUGAAGUAAUAAUCACCAUAUUAAUCAUUUUGCACUGCAGACGCAGUAGUUCAUCUGUCUUAGCGUCUCAGUCUGAUUGCAUUUCCAUGAAGAAAUGAUCAUGAAUGUUCUUCCUUGAGCUGCGUCACCCCGCUGUAGUCUGUAAUGGACUGGUCCGAGGUCUCGCUACAAACAAACGGCUGCUGGAAGAGAGUAGGUGAGUUGUGUUUUUUUCCUCUUUUUUUUUUCCUCUUUGCUAAAGAAAUUAGGCAAAGUUAAAAAGGUGUUUGGUUGCUAGUGCUGUGGCUAGGACCCUCUAUAUAGAGUGGAAUUUGGUUGAGGUUUGUUUAUGGCUCCUCAGACCGUUGUGUAUUGCUAUUGUGCGGUCGUUACUAAAGUUGGUAUAACUAGAGAAGCAAGCGGUCAGCAACAUUCAUCUCUUGAGGGGGUGUCUAACUCGGUGUUUGACCCUUAAUUUUACGCCGGAAUAUCCCUUUAACUGAAUGUUUGUCCCUGUUUGUGUUUUGUCUCUAAAGAGUUGACAGACUGCGGCAUCAGCUGUUGCCAGUUUACACGUAUGAUCCUUCAGAGGAGCUAAACGAAGCUGAGCAAGAGAUCUUAUGGAGAGAAGAGGACACACGGGUAUGCUUCACCGUUAAUUCGCUCCCCAAAGCGCCCUUUUAUUCGUAGGACACUUUCCCUGCAAGUGGGUCAAGUUGUCAUUGUGGAAUUGAAUUGAAUUAGCAAGAUCACAAGUUGGCUAAAAAAAAAAAAAGAAGAUGUGCCGGUUGGCCUGGUGGUUUAAGCAAGAGCCCUCACCUUCGACUUGAAACCUCUGCUGCAUGUCAUCCACAACCAUCUACUUGUCAUGUUUCCUCUCUUUCCUCUGCUAAACAAUGCAUGAUGAUAAAAAGGCAGAAAAACUAACUUUAAAAAGUUAUAAAAGUUAUAAUGUCUCCUUCAGGGACAUUUGCAUUCUUUGUAAAUAAAGAGAUUUGGAUUAAAUACUGGAUUAAAACAGAAAAACCGACCACAUUUUCCUUGAAAAGCGUGUUUUUGCUUCCACAGCAUAGUUUCUAAAGUGUGGUUUUGUUCUGUUAUGUCAUUCACUCUAGCUGCUCUGCACUUCCUCAAUUGUUCAUUUACUUCCUUCCUAAGAAGUACAGUAUAGUAAAAGUAAGGUUAUUGUUGUACAAGGGUUAAACUGCAUGUUUUGUAUGCAUGCCUUGAUUCUCUUGUUAAAGCUGUCAUUUGUUCAUAACUCACAUUCUUCUUUUGCUGCUUCAAUCUUUUUGCAGAUCAAUGUCAAAGUUAAGUUUAGGAUUGUUUUUAACAUCUUUUUAAAUGUAAAAUUAGGUCGAUCAGAAGUUUAAAAGUAUAACCCAAGCUGUCAUGCCUUUCUCUCAAGCUCUGUGUGUCACAGUUUAAUAAUAUCUCAUAAUGUAGGUACAAUAAAGUGAUGGUCUUGUUUGAUUUGAGUUAGAAACAUGCACUGAGCAUUGUUGAACACUAGGUGGCAGUGUUAUCUGUGGGCUAAAUUGGCCAUCAAGUUCGACUACAGGGUUGUAAAACUGGAAAAUUGAGAAGACAAAUAGAUCAACAGCUUUUUAAUCCUUGACAGAUCACAUUCAUCUAAAUCAAAGAUCAUCACUCUCACUUUUUUGGAUUAUCUUAACUAUUAAAGGAAACCCCUUAAUACAAACAUGAAUACUGUUUUUUUCUUAUUAAGCUUAUUAAAAAUAUCUGUAGAUCGAGGGAUGUGCCAGAUUUAACAGCUAAUUCUAUCUUGUGUUUGCAGGUCGUUCAAAGUUGGGCCAGAAGUUAUCAACAGAGACGCCCUCUUCUGACCAAAGAUGUCAAUGCAUGAUGGUACUAAACCAUGGCAUCGAACAUUUAUCACUGCAGAGACAUCCUACAGUCGUUUUUCGAAGUCAUGCACAACACUGUGUUGUUUUCUCUGUCAGAAACUCCGGUUCUCUGUAAACGGUUUUGUCUUUUCCAUUACAUGUACAGACAGAGCGACUGUUAAUUUGUGCGGUUCGAUGCCAAAUCUGUGUGCCUAACAGAUACAGUAUCUUCAGUGUAUUUAUUUUGACAUUAUUUAUUUGAUUUUUGUACGGAGAUAUCCAGAGUCAAAACUAAAAAUUACAAAGAUGGACUCUCUUUAUUUAAAGAUGCGGGUUUAAUGCAUGGCGGUGUCAUGAAAAACACGCAGGAGGUAAUUAUGUUGCAUUGAGCUGCAGCAGGCAUUUGUACAGACUUGACUGAAGGGGUGUGCCCACAGCAGGGUAGAGUUUGACUGUUCCACACUUUAGAAAUAAUCAUUACUUCUGCUGUGUGAAUUUUUGGCUGGAUAUCGUGUGUUUGUGUUCAUGUUUGCAGUGCGUUUAAAAAAACAAAUGACUCCUGAUCUAUUUUUCUUCAACAGCCACACCUGUUGGCGUGAAAGACUUUAACAAAGCUUUUAAAACAAUGGAGAGAAAGUUUUAUAUUGUUAAAGGUAGAAAUCACUGUUCAAGUUAGGUACAUUUAGAGUUUCAAAGUUUCAUUUUGAGUCUGAAGUUUUAAACUUUUGGUUUUAAUUUCCUCUCAGACUUUAACAAGCUGCGCCACAAUCCAGAUCUCUUUGUGGUUUUGCCAAAUCCUGUGACUCUCAUCAAUGGCAUGAAGAGUCAGAUAUGGAAGUAAAUAACACCACACUCCUCUCAUCCUCCGAAUGAGUCGUGACUAGUGCUCAAAAAAUGUCCUGUCUACAAGGCAUGGCACCAGCAGAUUUACCUCCAGCCUGAGAGGAAUGCCAUAGGUCUGACUGUAUCAAGCACUCAGGAAACACUGCAUUUUUAGUUCUUCAUGAAUUGUAACCUUCCUAAACCUUAGUUUGCCUUGCAAUUGUGAAUGUAAGUCAAAUACAAUAGAACUGUUAAUGAAGGGGAACAUGUAUCAUAUUGGCUGGGAUUAUGCAUUUGUGGCUUAUAGUGUCUGAACUUGAAUUCAAGCUUCACGAGUCUUUGGGUGGAUCUCUCUGGGAUAUGACAAAGUCUUUAUCCUCUCACAGGUUUUAAUUGUCCAAGCACUGUCAUUUUUGGAUUAUAAAAUUGGGUUGUCAUCCCUGAAACUGUUGAGGAAUCCACUCACACGUGACUUGUAUGCACUGGUCUGAACACUGGUGGACUUUUUUUCUUGAGAUUCUCCCAAUUUGGACUGCUGCACCGAGAAAAGUCAAAGACCCACUGAUGAAAAUGAAAUAAAUGAAGCAGCACUGAUUUUCUGUCGGGUUGUUUUUGCUUGAGGAACAUAAGAGGGUGAUAAAAAUGUAAAUAAAGAGAUAUUGCUUUGCUUUA